GUUCUCCUGCCAAUCACACCUCACUUUCGGCCUGUGCGUUCCAUCCCACUUCCGGCCGCUGCGUUCCACACACAGGAAGAUAGUUUUUUUCUUUCGCGGCAACUUCCGGGUUUCCCUCGAGCGGGAGUCCGUCGUCCGCAAAAGCAGGAGGGGGAAUAUAUAGAGGAACACAGGGGUCUGUACAAGGACGUGAUGAUGGAGAAUCACCGGCCCCUCACAUCACUGGAUGGGCCCAGUAACAGAGCUACCCCAGAGAGAUGUCCCCAUCCUCUGUAUUCCCAGGACUGUACAAAGGAGAAUCACAGGAUCCCACAGGAGGAUAAGGGUGAGCACCUUUCUGAUAUGAAGGCCGAAGAUAUAGAGGGAGAAGAAGAGACGUAUGUGACUGAUAUGAAGGCAGAAGAUAUAGAGGGAGAAGAGACGUAUGUGACUGUUAUGAAGGCAGAAGAUAUAGAGGGAGAAAAAGAGACGUAUGUGUGGAGAGAUCAGAAGUGUAAGGAAGAGGAAAUCCCUACAGGUAUCAGCACAGCAGAUGGAGGCACAAGCAGGAAUUCCUUGGAGGGAGAUCUCAUCUUGUCUGCAGAUAGUAAAAUAGAAGAUAACACCACACAGGAUUCUCCAGGAGACAUCCCCAUUACUCUAACUAUACAUCCAGUACCUCACAGUGCUGAUACUUCAUCUGAUCCCUCUAAUCGCGAUGACUAUUCAUCCAAUACCUCAGAUUUUGUUACACAUCAUGCAGCUCAUACAUGUGAUAAAAUAUUUCCAUGCUCUGAGUGUGGGAAAAGUUUUGCACGCAAAUCAAAACUUGUUAUACAUCAGAGAAGUCAUACAGGUGAGCGACCAUUUCCAUGUUCUGAGUGUAGGAAAUGUUUUCUGUGUAAAUCAGAUCUUGUGAGACAUUACAGAAAUCACACAGGUGAGAAACCAUUUCCAUGCUCUGAGUGUGGGAAAAGUUUUGCACUCAAGGGACAGCUUGUUAAACAUCAGAAAAUUCACACAGGUGAGAAACCAUUUCCAUGCUCUGAGUGUGGGAAAUGUUUUCUGUAUAAAUCAGAACUUGUUAUACAUCAGAGAUGUCACACAGGCGAGAAACCGUUUCCAUGCUCUGAGUGUGGGAAUAGUUUUGCAUUCAAAGCACAUCUUGUUAGACAUCAGAAAAUUCACACAGGUGAGAAACCAUAUCCAUGCUCUGAGUGUGGGAAAUGUUUUAUGUAUAAAUCAGAACUUUUUUUACAUCAGAGAUGUCACACAGGUGAGAAAUCAUUUCCAUGCUCUGAGUGUGGGAAAUGUUUUCUGUGUAAAUCAGAACUUGUUAGACAUCACAGAACUCACACAGGUGAGAAACCAUUUCCAUGCUCUGAGUGUGGGAAAAGUUUUGCAUUCAAAUCACAGCUUGUUAGACAUCAGAGAAGUCACACAGGUGAGAAUACAUUUCCAUGCUCGGAGUGUGGGAAAUGUUUUCUGUGUAAAUCAGAACUUGUUAGACAUCACAGAACUCACACAGGUGAGAAACCAUUUCCAUGCUCUGAGUGUGGGAAAAGUUUUGCAUUCAAAUCACAUCUUGUUGUACAUCAGAAAAGUCACACAGGUCAGAAACCGUUUCCAUGCUCUGAGUGUGGGAAAAGUUUUGCAUUCAAAGCACAUCUUGUUAGACAUCAUAGAUGUCACACAGGUGAGAAACCAUUUCCAUGCUCUGAGUGUGGGAAAAGUUUUGCAUUCAAAUCACAUCUUGUUAUACAUCAGAGAAGUCACACAGGUGAGAAACCAUUUCCAUGCUCUGAGUGUGGGAAAAGUUUUGCAAGCAAAUCACAGCUUGUUAGACAUCAUAGAUGUCACACAGGUGAGAAACCAUUUCCAUGCUCUGAGUGUGGGAAAUGUUUUCUGUAUAAAUCAGAAUUUGUUAUACAUCAGAGAUGUCACACAGGCGAGAAAUCAUUUCCAUGCUCUGAGUGUGGGAAAAGUUAUUCAGGCAAAUCACAGCUUGUUAAACAUCAGAUAUCACACAGAAGUAAAGCAUUACUAUGAGCUGAUACAUAACAGGGUUGAAGCAACACUCCAGUGACACUUUAAGUUACCCAUCUACAUAUAAUUGGAAGGUGUGUCAUUAAUAUAAGACUGGAAAAGAUCAGUCAGAUAAAACUUACUAAUUCUAUAUACUCGCGUAUUUCUCAUACGUCCUAGAGCAGUGAUUUUCAACCUUUCUCGACUCGAGGCACGCCGAACAAGACUUCAAAAUUCCCAAGGCACACUAUCGGUUACCCACGAGGGAAAAAAACAAAAACAUUGGCCCCCACAGAUAUAAAAUAAGCACAUUGGUCCCCACAGUAAUUAAACACAUUGGCCCUAACAGUUAUGAAGCACAUUUCCCCCACAGGUAUAAAUCAAACACACUGGCCCCUACAGUAAUUGCACACACACUGCCCCCCCCAUCCCCUUGUAAUGGCACUCACAGCCCUCACAGAAAUGGCACACACUGCUUACCCCUGUAAUAGUAAUAACAGCCCCCACAGAAAUGGCACACACUGCUUACCCCUGUAAUAGUAAUAACAGCCCCCACAGUAAUGGUACACACACACACUGCCCUCCCCCUCCCCCCAUGUAAUAGUACUCACAGCCCCCUCUUUAAUGUCAGCCUGAAGUACUGCAUAUCCGAGCUGGAGUAGUAUGAGCUGAGCAGGGCAGUCCGUAGCACACAUCAGCACCAAGCGCGGGCGGAAAUGCGCACGUCACCAUAGGUCACGGACCGGGCAGCAGGAGAGCUGACUGUGCUGCCGUGCAUGACUGCUGGAGGACCCAGGUAUCUCUGGUGUGCGGCGGAGGAGCACUGUCGGCGGGCGGCGGAGCACUGUGCAGGGCAAUUCUGGUGUCCGGUGACCGGCAGGCUGCGGCACACCUGACAACUGCUGGCGGCACACUAGUGUGCCGCGGCACAGGGGUUGAAAAACGCUGUCCUAGAGGAUGCUGGGGUCCACUUCAUGACCAUGGGGUAUAGAUGGUUCCGCAGGAGCCAUGGGCACUUUAAGAAUUAUCAAAUGGUGUGAACUGGCUCCUCCCUGUAUGCCCCUCCUCCAGACCUCAUUUUUAGAAAUGUGCCCCGACAGACACUGGAUGCACACCAGGGAAGCUCUACGGAGUUUCUCUGAAAAGACUUGUUAGGUUUUUUAUUUUCAGGGAUUACUGCUGGCAACAGUCUCCCUGCUUCGUGGGACUGAGGGGGCAGAAGUAUGAAUCAACUUCCUAAAGAGUUUCAUGGCUCUGCUUCUGGUGACAGGACACCAUUAGCGCCUGAAGAGUACUGAACGCUAGCCGUGUCUAGAUGCUCACUCCCACAGCACGCCAUCACCCCCCUCACAGAGCCAGAAGACAGGUGAGUGUAAGAAGAUAGAUCUUCAAUCAACAUAACACACAGGGUGCUGGGCGCACGGGGGGGUGGGCACCCUGGGCAGCAAAAUACCUUACAAACUGGAUAAAAGUGGGCAUAAGAUGCCCAGGCACAGCCCUACCCCUGCCAGUAUAAAUAUUAUAUGAACAUUUUUGAGGUGAAAUUGCACCAUUGCGGGGGCGGAGCUUCCUCUUCAGUCAGCCAGCACACUGCUCAGCGCCAUUUUCACUCAGGCUGCAGAGACAACGCUGGUCCUCCUCCACUUCUGACUACAAGUAUCAGGGUGCAAAAUGGAGGGGGGGGCACAGCGAUUUUGGUACUUUACAGGUGUAUUUACAUUGUAAAACAGCACGGCAUGUCAGUGUGCAUUUUGUGUUCACAGACAUUAUAUACUGGCGCUGGGGAUGUAAACUGGCUGCUCCUAAACUGUGUCCGUCUGGCAGAUUUUAAUGUGGGUCUGUCCCCUACAAGUCCCAGAGUGUCUGUGUGUGUGUGUAAUACUCGAGUGUGACAUGUCUGAGGCAGGGAGUUCUUCCCCGGAGGAAACCAUUUUAGGGACACACAGUUGUAAUGUGGUGGCGCUGCCGGCACACCAAGAGCCUGCAUGGGUGAAAGAAAUACGUGAUAGUAUGCAUCAUUUCAAUAGGAGGUUAGAUAUGUCUGAAUCUCAUGCAGAAUGCUGGAGAAAGUCUGUGGAAGAUGUGAUUUUUCAGGGUUCUGUUCUUCCACCCGCAGGCGACUCCUCUGGGUCACAUAAGAGACCGUUUGCAAAUAUUGUAAAUACUGAUACCGACACGGACACUGAUUCCUGUGUCGACGAUAGUGACUCCAGGGAAAUAGAUCAUAAAUUGGUGAAAAAUAUACAAUAUAUGAUUGUGGCUAUAAGAGAAGUUCUGGAGGUUACAGAAACCACUCCUGUACCUAAGGAGAAGGCCUAUUUCUAUAAAGAAAAGAAAUCUAAGGUUACUUUCCCUCCUUCCCACGAGCGAAAUACUCUCUUUGAAGGGGUGUGGGUGAAUCCAGAAAAUAAAUUUCGUAUUCCAAAGAGGAUUCAGAUGGCUUAUCCUUUCCCUGCUGAUGACAGGAAAAAGUGGGACUGUGUUAGACAGUGCACUGUCCAGGUUGACAAAUAAAGUGAUUCUCCCUGCACCUGGGACGGCUUCACUAAAGGAGCUGGCAGACCGCAAAAUGGAGACUACAUUAAAAUCCAUUUAUGUUGCCAAUGGUACGCUGCUCAGGCCCACAAUUGCUUGAGUCGCGCGAUUGAAAAAUGAUCAGAAAGCUUGUCAUCAGAUAUUGACUCGAUUGAUAAAGAUGAGAUACUCAAGUUAGGGAAUAUCAAAGACGCUGACACAUACAUGCUAGAAGCCAUGAAAGAUAUUGGACUCUUGGGUUCAACAGCCGCUACCAUGGCAGUAUCGGCUAGGCGGGCGUUGUGGAUUCGCCAGUGGAACGCGGAUGCAGAUUCCAAAAAUAAUAUGGAGGCUCUCCCGUAUAAAGGUGAGGCCUUAUUUGGUGAUGGACUGGAUGCGUUAGUCUCGGCGGCUACCGCAGGUAAGUCGACCUUUUUGCCUUCUGCUCCAGCAGCGGCAAAAAAGCCAUCACUCUCACAUGCAGUCCUUUCGGCCCAAUAAAUACAAAAAGGCCAAAGGUUCCCUCAUCUUUGCAGGUAGGGGAAGGGGAAAAGGAAAGAAGUCCACAGCGGCUUCAGGAUCCCAGGAGCAGAAGUCAACACCUACUUCUGCCAAAUCUACAGCAUGACGCUGGGGCUCCCUUGUGGGAGGCCGCUCGGGUCGGGGCACAUCUAAAACUGUUCAGUCAAGGUUGGAUUCAAUCUGGCCUGGAUCCCUGGGUUUUACAAAUAGUGUCCCAGGGGUACAAGCUGGAGUUUAAAGACGUUCCCCCAUGCCGAUUUUUCAAAUCGACCUUGCCAGUUUCUCUACCGGAAAAAGAAGCAGUAACAGCGGCAAUUCAAAAAUGAUGUCAGGAUCAGACAAACCCCUCACAACAAGGGGAGGGGUUUUAUUCAAGCAUCUUUUUAGUUCCGAAGCCGGACGGCUCGGUCAGACCGAUCCUAAACCUAAAAAAUCUGAAUCUACUUGAAACGGUUCAAGUUCAAAAUGGAAUCACUGAGGGCAGUGAGUUCCAGUCUGGAGGAGGGGGACUACAUGGUGUCAGUAGACAUAAAGGAUGCUUACCUGCAUGUUCCCAUUUAUCCGCCCCACCAGGCUUAUCUGAGGUUCGCGGUUCAGGAUUGCCAUUACCAAUUCCAGACGUUGCCUUUCGUUCUCUCCACGGUGCCGAGGGUAUUCACCAAGGUGAUGGCUGAGAUGAUGGUCCUCCUUCGUCAAAAAGGAGUCAGUAUUAUUUGUUAUUUGGACGAUCUCCUGAUAAAGGCGAGAUCCAGGGAGCAGUUGCUACAGAACAUCACAGACUCCCUGUCUAUACUCCAACAACACGGUUGGAUCAUAAAUUUUCCAAAGUCACAGUUGGAACCAACGAAAAGAUUGUCUUUCCUCGGAAUGAUUCUGGACACAGAGGUUCAGAGAGUUUUUCUUCUGGUGGAAAAGGCUCUGGAAAUCCAGAAAAUUGUGAAACCUAUAUUAAAGCCAACAAGUGUGUCGAUCCAUCAGUGCAUUCGAUUGUUCGGAAAGAUGGUGGCGGCCUAUGAGGCCAUACAGUUUGGCAGGUUCCAUGCCAGAGUAUUCCAGUGGGACCUGUUGGACAAGUGGUCGGGUUCCCACCUACACAUGCACCGGAAGAUGGUCCUGUCGUCAAAAGCCAGGAUUUCGCUCCUGUGGUGGCUACACAGUUCUCACUUACUAGAGGGAUGCAGGUUCGGGAUUCAGGACUGGUUCCUGGUAACCAUGGAUGCAAGUCUCCGAGGCUGUGGAGCUGUCACUUAGGGGGAAAGCAUCCAAGGAAAAUGGUCAAGUCAGGAAACCUGCCUUCAUAUAAACGUGCUGGAAUUGAGAGCCAUUUACAACGGCCUUCAACAAGCGGUACAUCUUCUGCAAGAUCACCCGUGCAGAUCCAGUCGGACAAUGUAACAGCAGUCGCGCACAUAAACAGGCAGGGCGGAACGAAAAGCAAAGCGUCAAUGGCAAAGGCGAAAAAAAUCCUCCGCUUGGCAGAAAAACAACUACGAGCUCUGUCGGCAAUAUUAAUUCCGGGAGUAGACAACUGAGAAGCAGACUUCCUCAGCAGACACGAUCUCCAUCCAGGAGAGUGGGGCCUCCACCAAGAAGUUUUCACAGAGGUGACAAGUCUUUGGGGAGUUCCUCAAGUAGACAUGAUGGCAUCUUGCCUCAACAAGAAGCUUCAGAGAUAUUGUUCCAGGUCGAGAGACCCUCAAGCAAUAGCAGUUAAUGCGCUGGUGGCCCAGUGGGUGUUCAGGUCGGUAUAUGUCUUCCCUACACUUCCGCUGAUCCUAAAAGUUCUCAAAAUAAUAAGAACAAGAGUUUGUGCAGUCUUCAUUGCCCCAGCCUGGCCAAGGAGGGCUUGGUACCUAGAUCUUCAGGGGUUGCUCAUAGAAGACCCUCGGCCUCUUCCUCCUCGAGAGGACCUGCUACAGCAGUGGCCGUGCAUAUGUAUCAAUACUUACCUCGGCUACGUUUGACAGCAUGGCUGUUGAGCGCCGGAUCCUAGCUUGAAAGGGUAUUCCCAAGGAAGUCAUUCCCACUCUUAUUCAGGCCAGGAAAGGAGUAACGUCUAAAUAUUACCACCGUAUUUGGAGAAAAUGUGUCUUGGUGUGAAUCCAAGAAAUCUCCUGCCGAAGAGUUUCAUUUGGGACGUUUUCUCCAUUUUCUACAGGCUGGUGUAGAUGUGGGCCUUCGUUUGGGGUUGAUCAAGGUCCAGAUUUCGGCCUUGUCAGCUUUUUUUUUAAAGACAAUUGACCUCUCUUCCAGAAAUUCAGACCUUCGUGAAAGGGGUUCUGCACAUCCAGCCUCCAUUUGUGCCUCCAGUGGACCUUAAUGUGGUGUUGCAGUUCCUUCAAUCGGAUUGGUUUGAACCUCUACAAGAGAUAGAGUUGAAGUUUCUCACUUGGAAAGUGGUGAUGCUUUUGGCUUUGGCAUCCGCAAGGCGGGUGUCUGAAUUGGGGCCUUUGUCUCACAAGAGCCCUUACCUGAUCUUCCAUGAAGAUAGGGCAGAGGUUCGAACUCGUCAACAUUUUCUUCCUAAGGUGGUUUCAUCUUUCCACAUAAACCAACCUAUUGUGAUGCCAGUGGUUACUGACACGUUCUCUGACUCAGUCUCUAGAUGUCGUUAAGGUUUUGAAGAUUUAUGUCGCUAGAACAGCUAGGAUACGGAAAACAGAGGCUCUGUUUGUCCUGUAUGCUCCCAACAAAAUUGGGUGUCCUGCUUCCAAGCAGACUAUUGCAGCUGGAUCAGAGGAACGAUUCAGCAUGCUCAUUCUACGGCUGGAUUGCCGUUGCCUACGUCGGUGAAGGCCCAUUCUACUAGGAAGAGGGGCUCAUCCUGGGCGUCUCGGCAUUACAACUUUGCCGAGCAGCUACUUGGUCAGGGUCAAACACAUUUGCAAAGUUCUACAAGUUUGACACCUUGGCCGAUGGGGACCUCAAGUUCAGUCAAUCGGUGCUGUAGGGUCAUCCGCACUCUCCCGCCCCUAAUGGAGCUUUGUUAUAAACCCCAUGGUCAUGAAGUGGACCCCAGCAUCCUCUAGGACGUAUGAGAAAAUAGGAUUUUGAUACCUACCGGUAAAUCCUUUUCUCCUAGUCCAUAGAGGAUGCUGGGCGCCCGUUCCAGUGCGUACUUUACCUGCAGUUUGGUUUAUUAGAGUUACACAUGUUGUGUUAUAUUAGUUUCAGCAUGUUGCUGUACUUGGUUCAUGCCUGUUGGCGUGUGUUAUUUUGAAUGCCAUGUUGUGCAGCAUGGUUGAGGUGUGAGCUGGUAUGUAUCUCACCAUUAGUAUUAAAGUAAAUCCUUUCCUCGAAAUGUCCUUCUCCCUGGGCACAGUACCUAUAACUGAGGUCUGGAGGAGGGGCAUAGAGGGAGGAGCCAGUUCACACCCUUUGAAAAGUCUUAAGAGUGCCCAUGGCUCCUGCAGAACCGUCUAUACCCCAUGGUCAUGAAGUGGACACCAGCAUCCUCUGAACUAGGAGAAAAGGAUUUACCGGUAGGUAUCAAAAUCCUAUUUUUGCAGUUAUACAGGUAUACCUAUCGUAUAAUAUACCUUACAUGGAAAAUGAGCAUAUUCCAUAAACACAUUAUUUCAAUUAUAAGAUACAGUACAUGUUCUUUUAACAGACUUUGUACAAAUACUUCUUAUUUCUGGGAAGCAGGUCCAAUGUGUGUAAUAGAAUUGGAAUUAGCCAAAAAUAAGGCUAACCAGCUUCUAGCUUGUUACCAAGGACAGUAGGUGCUAAUAUGAACAUAGAGCUUAGAGAGAUUCUUCAAGAAUGUAUGAGAUCAGUGGGUGUGGUAAAAGGAUUGGGUGUAACCAAGUAUUAUAAAAUAAGUGCACCAUCAAAUUUCAAGUUAUCUUCCUGUAACCUUGAGAGAAACCAAUGCUGUCUCUCAGUCUGUACAAAGGCGUGGUCUUUGGAAUAAAUAAUUCUUUAUUAAACUGAA